AUGUGUCACAGAAAGGCCAGGAUCAAAAAUGCCAAUACGUUGGAGAAGAUGCAGCAGGACUCCAUAUAGUGUGCCACUCGGGCUUUGGAGAAAUAAGACACAGAGAAGGACAUUGUGGCCCAUAUUAAGAAGGAGUUUGACAAGAAGUACAACCCCAUCUGGUACUGCAUCAGGGGGUGGAAUUUUGGUAGUUACACAACACAUGAAAGCAAACAUUUCGUCUACUUCUACCUGGGCCAAGUGGCCAUUCUGUUCAGAUCUGGUUAG